CAAUUUGUUUAGUAAUUCUGCAAAUCCGGCCAAAAAAUUGUGCGCUCGUUAUCCCUGAGAUGAUCAUAAACAAACGCAGUGGAAUUAAAAACGAUUCGGGCUCUUCUUUUCGACCCUUAACAAAUCUAAAUGAAGAGAAAACAAGAAGAUGGUGAGGGUGAGGAGACAUUGAAGCGACUUGCAUCUCCAGCAUCACUAGUACCUGGACAGUACUUGGUUCAACCUCAGCAACUGACAACCGUCCAGCUACUGACGCCAACCCCCACUGGACCGAUACUGGGAGCCCCUUCUGGAGUCCACACUGUUGGGGCACUCACAGUUCCAACAGCUGUAGCUGUAGCAGUGCAGUCAGAGCACAGCCCAGUUGGAGCUGACCCCUGCUUAUUAGGAGGAACAAUCACAUACACACAACCAUCAUCUCAUUCCCCUACAUGCAAUAUUGUGCUUGCUACUCCCCAACCCUAUGCAACAACAUCCAUUCCUGUGACAGGCCUAGCCACUUUACCCAACAGUAAUACUAUUGCAAAUUCAAUAUCCGUAUCAGAUUCGGAAUCAUCUGCAGUUCUUCAUCCUAGUGAUAGCAGAAAUAUUUCAUAUGCAACCACAACAGUAAGAAGUGACAUACCAUCAUAUUCAAAUACCUCAGCAGGUAGCAACAUUUGUAUCCAUACUACCACAACCCCACAACCACGUGAAAACAGUGUCACAACAUAUAAUAACCCUGAUACUCCUUCCUAUGUCAAUACACCAUCUACAUCCACUUCAUCUACACCUGUAACUUCUACCCACAACACUUAUGCUAUUAAGAGAAGCCUAGAACCACCAUUGGAACGGCAGCAGAGACUCUCCAAGAAGUUUGAUGCCCUGAUUCGAUCCAAAAUAAUAGAAUUGGUACAAGCAAGGGGUGUCAGGAAGACAGUUUGCCCUUCUGAGGUUGCACGUGCUCUUUCACCCAAGGCAUGGCGAGAUUUGAUGCCAGCUGUUAGGAAGAUUGGUGCUCAGCUUGUGAAAGAGGGUCUGAUUCUUGUUACACAGAGAGGAACAAUAGUUGACUUAGCAACUGCCCAAGGCCCAGUGAGAUUUGGGUUAGCUGGAUAAGAUGGCAGGAGUGGCAGUGGAUGUUGGAAAUAGGGUGGAGUGUGAUGGAGCCCUUGGGACAGUGAAGUGGAUAGGGGAGGUUCCUGGCACACAGGGCAUGUGGUAUGGAGUGGACUGGGAUGACGAAAACCGAGGCAAACACAAUGGUACUCACAAUGGAAUUAAAUACUUUGAAACCCAGUAUCCAAAAUCAGGAUCUUUUGUCCGUCCAACCAAAGUGAGCAGUGGUAUGACAUUAGAGGCAGCAGUGCGGGGAAGAUACCAAGAUGACCCAACCAUUGAGACUCAUGUGACUGAUAUGCUGCAAAAGACAAUCAAUGCAAGAUUUGUAGAAGUUGUUGGGAUGGAGAAGAUAGGAAAGAAGCAAAGGUAUGUGUAAAUUUCUUUUACUAUAGGGUGUGCUGU